AUGCUUUUGUUAUUGUAGUUCAGAUAGUGAAAAGUAUUACAAUUUUACGGAACUAGCGUGUCAACUUAAUGAGCCUGAGGAUGGGGUUGCUCCUACAGAUUCUAGAUUUAGACCUGAUCAACGACUAAUGGAAAAUGGACAGUGGGAUGAAGCAAAUGCAGAAAAACUCCGAUUAGAAGAAAAACAGAGAGCUGUCCGACGUGCUCGGGAACACGAGGCUGAGAAAGCGGCUACUCAAGGUUUACCGUAUGAAGCUUACGAGCCGUUAUGGUUUAAAAAAGAGCAGGAUCCAUACACGGACAGUUUGUGCUACAUAUACGGUGGUGAAUAUUGGGAAUGUAAGAGUAAAGGUGAUUGGUCACGAUGUCCGAACAUAUUUUAGUUCACUAUAUGAUUAUAUCAAUUAAUAUCGUGACCGCCAAUAUACAAUGCAGAAAUGUUUGGAUUUGUUUAAAGUAAAGGUAGUCAUUUUAGAUAUCAUUUUCGCGAAGAACAUGGCGUUUGAAACUAAAAGCAAAAAUGCUGACGUGAUAAAGUCGAGUUGUUAGGGAACAUGGUUUAGUCAUUAGUCACUACAUCUUCCAAUGAACUGGUCGAAAUUUGCAUUCUGACACAUAUAAUGAGCGUUUUUGUAGUAUACCAUUUAUCCCCAUUGUCUUACAUAUCCUUCUGUUUGCAUCAUGGUCCCUUUCAUGUACCCACUUUUUUAAACAAACGAGAGUAUCAUCGUAUACAGUCCACAUGGCCCAAUUAACGCUUUGCAUACAGUUUUUUAUGAACUUAAAAAUUUUCCGUAUUCGUUUUAGAUUCUGUUAAAUAAGCUAGAUGUGUAUGAUAAUACGUUCAUGAAAAAUCCAGAUACUAUCAAUAAGCAAAUUCAAUUCGCAAGAAUUUUGUUAACUCAGUUUAUAACUGAAGUAUAGCAAUAAGAUCGAUGACUUUUAUUACGAGAACAUUAAGAUAUUAGAAACAAAUGUUAAAGAUCGCAAAGAACUGGAAGUUUAAGUUGAACAAUCAAUACUGUUGCAGUAUUUGUAAUUCGUUUUAAACGGAUUUAGAUGAUUAAAUUUCCUCUUUUAAAUAUGAAUACUAAUUUCCAAUCAAGACCGAAUGUAGCAGCAACUUCGGGAAAUUACCAUAACUUUCUGAUACAUUGAUUAUUACAACUAAUCAUCGUGGAAAGUACUUAUAUAGAUUAUAAAAUGUAUUUUCGAUGCUUGACGCGAUGCUGAGUAUAUAAAAAUGAAAAAAAAAAGAAUUCAGAAAAAAUGCUAAAAGAAAAAUUGUAACGUUAUUACUAAAAGUAAAUCAGAUGAAAUAAUCGCGCUGGAUGUGUCUAAAGAGCCUGAUUAAAUCAUUUAAAGUAUUAGAUAUUUGAUAGGUGACUCGUUUUUACAUAUUGAUUAUUUACAUGCAUGAUGCGGCCAGACUGUUCACUCGACUGCCACGUCUUAACCCGUCUUUGUACGAAAAUUGGAUAAGAAGCGGCAUUCGUUUACGUUGAUACGACAAUCUGUACCGCUACAAGAGAAAUGUUCCUGCGGAUAAAGUGUUCGUAACAACGAGAGAAUUCGAUACAUUGAGAUCUCAUAUCGGGAGUCGCAUUUGUACUAUCGUUAAACGGCAAAAUAAACAAAUAGUAUAAAUGGGGUACGCUUCCAAAAUUUCUGCAAUUUUUUGUGCAGACCUAGAUUCUUCGAAUGUUCCACGAAAUACGGGCUGGUUCUUUAACUAGCCCAAUAACUAUACACUCCGUCGAGCUAAUGUUACAAAACAUAAUCAAUAUUAUUGUGGAAAGUGUGUAAAAAGAAUUUAAUGAUACAUUGAAGGGCUCAUAAGUUGUAAUAAGUUAUUCCUUUUUUUUAAAGAGAAAGAGGGACGCUUAUACUCGAAGCAUUAACACCCAUUCAAAAUCCUUUUUCCAAACUACAGUACGUAGACACGCACACACGUUUAAACACAGGUGCAAGCGCGUGAAUGAUGCGUGCGUACAUAUGUAUGUAUGUAUGCAUGCUUGUAUGUAUGUAUGUAUGUAUGUAUGUAUGUAUGCCCGUAUGUACAUAUAAUAAUUAAAAGCCCAUUGUAUAUCCUUCUUAUGAGCACAUCAUACAAUUGUUCCGUUCAUAGUGUUUGUACAUUGACAAGUAUUUAAGCUUGUAUCGGGAAUAUAUAUUGAACGGAACAUUUAGCUUGCAACCAAUGUUUACAAUGAUUGUUAUAAUUAAGUAUUUGGCUGUAUUAUAAUUUUAAUAGUUGAUUAUAAUCGGAUAUAUCUGUAUACAUAUAAAUACAAAUUAACUAUAAAAUAAAUAAUUUAAAGCAAAAAUAAUAAGAUGGAUAGACCAGAUGUUUGGAUUAUAAUAGUGCUUGUACAUUAGCUAUUCGUGUGGAACGAUACAUAUUAUAUUAAAAAAGAAAAUGCUUCGCUACAAAAUCGAUCUUUGUAGCGUUCAUGUGAUUGCCUUUUUGGCGUAUCUCCUAUUGUAACACCCGUUGAUCGCACAAAUGGUGCAAUUAUUUAUACGAUAAAUAACCGUAGUUUUUUGUUCCAUCAAACAAAUUGUAUUGAUUUAUUGUAUCAAAUUAAAAAUCAUCUUGAACGGGUAA